CACACAUACACAGUGAGAGAGUGAGAUAGAGAGCGGGAGAGAGAGAGAGCAAGGGGGGGGGAAAUGGGAUUCAAAACUCAGAGCAGAAACGAGACAUACAGUACUGCCAGUGAAAGUCUGGAAGAAAACAGAAACAACCGCAAAGACCUAGAAAAACAAAGAUACAGCUAAAAGAAAAAAUUAAUUUGAAGGAAACCAUUUUUAAGAAUCCAAAAGAAAAGGGUGUAACGCGAUGUUUGGAAAAAAGUAAUUGAAACGUAAUCUGAUGGUGAAUAUUCUCAUGAACUUUUGUACUGCCUACGUUUGAUUAUUCUAUCACUACUUUUUCUAUAACGUUUCCACUGAAACUGUUUUCCUGGAGUAAAAAUAAGUAAUUAGCUCAAAUCAGCUGAAGAUAUUAAGCAAGUAUUUCAUAGCACACAGGCAUUCAAGUUUGCUGAGGUAAAAAAGUGACAUUCAAGAAAAAAGUGCCAUGGAAGAUGAGGAAAACUACACCAGUCUACAGGAGUUCACUGAGGACAUUUCUUCUGGAGGAAACAAGCCAAUUCUCUACAAAACAGAGGAGAGACAAGGCGUCCGGGGGAUGGACUGCGUGAGGAGACAGCCCGUCCUUCUUCUCAGCGCCCUGUUGGUUUCCAUCAGCGCCAACAUCGCUCUCGGUGUUCUCCUGUAUAAUGGCUCCAGCAGCAGCUGUUCACAGGUUGUAGCGGGCAAUACCAAGCCCAGUCUUCGCAGGUAUGACACGCUGCAGAGUCACUACUCCCUGCUCUGCCAGGACUACAAUGAACUGGCAAAGAACUGCACGCAACAUGGGGCCAAAGUGAGACAGUGCACGCCGUGUCCGGACUCAUGGCUGCAGUCUGAGGGAAGGUGUUACUAUUUCAGCCCUGACAAGCAGGACUGGCAAGAAAGCAAAAAAAGCUGUGAGGCCAUGGGCAGCCAUCUUACCAUCCUACACAGCCACACGCAGCACGAAGCUAUGGAUAAAGAGGCACGGAGAAUCGGCGGAUUUGACUACCACUUCUGGAUCGGCCUGUCAGACACGGAGACAGAGGGGGUGUGGAAAUGGGUAGACAACACGAUGGUCAAUAAGACAUACUGGGAUGAGUGGGACUCCGAGCCUGAUAAUAACCCUGCUGCCGGUAUCCAUGGUCAAGACUGCGCCGUCCUGAACUCACGUUCCAGAUCGUGGUUUGACGUGUCGUGCAGUUCCGUCUACAACCGCAUCUGCGAGAUGGAGGCCCUGGAGACCAACUGAAUGGAUUUAACUGGAUUUUACAACAGCAACCAUGAGUUUAUGAAUAAACGUGAUCUACAGAAAAAACAAAGGAUGCUAGUGCCCAAUGUCCAAAUUUCAUUUAAAGAUCUGAUACACAUUGAUACACAGUGAUGAGAGAUAGGUUGGAUAGAUACAUGAAGAGUUCCAGGACAGUUAAGAAUAUUCAGUAUUUUCCAUGUUUUCGUAUGGUGACACAAUGCUAAAUUAAUCAGAAGACAUGUGGCUUUUCCAAAUUAGAGGGGAAAAAAGUAAAUGGGACAAUUUGCUGAUAAAUAAUAAAAUUCUCAUUUUAAAUUCUAAAAUGAAUAAACUUUUUAAAUAAAUAAUCCAGUUAUUCAUUUCCACCUUAGGGAAGCUGGACUACAGUACCAUUUAGUGCCUUGUAUGACCUUGAAACGCAUUCCAAAUGUUCACAGAUCAAUCAAUCAAAUUAACCAGAAAGUCAGGAGAAUUAAUUUGUGUCAUUAUUCCAGAAGUUGGUGCUCAAUAAAUGUGUAAUUUCAUGAGUAUUGACUAAUGGAAUUAUAGACAACUUUUAUUCAUAGGAUGGUGUUUUAAUAUAGGCAAAAUAAUGACCCUACAUUAAAGCUAUUGGCCCUGGAAAGGAAUUCCUUGUGUCCCCAGAAUUAAAUUCACGGUUUUGUAUGAGUACAAUACAUUAAGCAAGCUUCCACCGGGAAUUUCUUUGGAGUACCUCCACUGCAGCAGUGAAAAUCGUGCCAUAGAUCCCAAUCAAUGCUGUGCUUCUGUGAUCAUUGGCCUGCCUUAGGAUUUAACAUGGUGAACACAGGAUCUUCCGUGAGGAUUCAGCAAUAAUUUGAAAAUGAUCUUUGUGAUUUAAGCUAUUGCACAUUUGUCAACAGUAAUAAAUCUGAUUUAAUGUGA